GGCGGCUGCGGCUCGGCGCUGAGCGCGUCCGUGGGCCGCUCGGGGCGUGGGCCGGCCGGCUGCUCGGGGAGUGGGUCGGCGUGGGCCCGCCCGCCUGCCCGCCCGCCCGCUCCGUCGCUCGCCCGCCCGCCCGCUCGCUCCAGGCCGGGUUUUGAAGCCGCCCGCCGCUGCCUCCUGGCGGCUCCUGAACUCCAGCCCCCUCUCGAUCAGCCGCUCACUCCGUCUCAAUAUGUCUCAAGAUGGCGGCCAAUGUGGGAUCGAUGUUUCAAUAUUGGAAGCGCUUUGAUUUACCGCAGCUGCAGAGGGAGCUCGAUGCUACAGCAACAGUAUUGGCCAACCGACAAGAUGAGAGUGAGCAGUCUCGGAAGAGGCUCAUCGAGCAGAGUCGAGAGUUCAAGAAAAACACUCCAGAGGAUUUGCGCAAGCAGGUAGCUCCUUUGUUGAAGAGUUUCCAAGGAGAGAUUGAUGCACUGAGUAAAAGAAGCAAAGAAGCCGAGGCAGCCUUCUUGAAUGUCUAUAAGAGAUUAAUUGAUGUCCCAGGUAGCAAUGUGGACAUUGAACCCACCCUAGGAAAAGGGGGCAUUGGGUAUCGCUGCUAUGUUCUCAUCAUCCCCAGCUCGUUACGGGCUCCUAGCCCCAAGCUUGUAAAUCUCUGCUGGAUGACAGAGCACAGCGAAGGGCCGUCAUUCGUGCUGGAAAUGCAGAUCUUGUCCAGCCAGGGCAAGUAUCCUUCCUUGAGUGCGGUGCCCAGGUGUCCAGGGUCGAAUGGUGUACAGCAGACGCGGUCUGACUCCAGCAGUGCACGGCCAGACCCUCCCAUCCUUCGUGAGAGUGUCAUUCAGCCUUUCCUAAUAGUCCCUGGGAUGGCUUCAGCUUUCCUGGCAGGGCCCGAGCUGUACCAGGUCCUUGUGCAGAUGGUGAAAGUCCCAGCAGAGGCAGAGUUUGCCACCCCGACACAGCCCCAGCCCACAUCACCUCCCGUGGCCGACGAAAUUGAAAUGAUCAUGACCGACCUUGAAAGAGCAAAUCAGAGGGCAGAGGUGGCUCAGAGAGAGGCAGAGACCUUAAGGGAACAACUCUCGUCAGCUAACAAAUCUCUCCAGCUCGCCACGCAGAUCCAGAAGGCGCCCGAUGUGGAGCAGGCGAUAGAGGUACUGACCCGUUCCAGCUUGGAAGUUGAACUGGCUGCCAAAGAGCGGGAGAUCGCCCAGCUUGUAGAAGAUGUUCAGCGACUCCAGGCCAGCCUGACGAAGCUCCGAGAGAAUUCAGCCAGCCAGAUAUCCCAGCUUGAGCAGCAACUGAGUGCCAAGAACAGCACACUCAAACAACUGGAAGAAAAACUGAAAGGACAGGCUGAUUAUGAAGAAGUGAAGAAAGAAUUAAACAUCCUGAAAUCCAUGGAAUUCGCCCCCUCCGAAGGCGCUGGGACCCAGGAUGCAUCCAAGCCACUGGAGGUCUUACUGCUGGAGAAGAACCGCUCUCUGCAGUCCGAGAACGCCACCCUGCGAAUUACCAAUAGUGACCUGAGCGGUCAAUACAGCACAAACUCCAUCCCCUCCCAAAGCCCGUUACAACAAAGCCCCGACGUAAACGGCCUGGCCCCGUCUCCCAGCCGGUCCGAAAGUGCUGGCAGCGUCUCCGAAGGCGAGGAGAUGGACACGGCCGAGAUCGCACGCCAGGUGAAAGAACAGCUAAUUAAGCACAACAUCGGACAGCGGAUAUUUGGACAUUAUGUCUUGGGACUGUCGCAAGGGUCUGUGAGCGAGAUCCUGGCCCGGCCGAAGCCGUGGAACAAGCUGACCGUGCGGGGCAAGGAGCCGUUUCACAAGAUGAAGCAGUUCCUGUCAGACGAGCAGAACAUCUUGGCUCUCCGGAGCAUCCAGGGCCGACAAAGAGAAAAUCCAGGCCAGAACCUGAACAGACUAUUUCAGGAAGUGCCGAAGCGAAGAAAUGGGUCUGAAGGUAACAUCACGACUCGGAUCCGAACCACUGAAACUGGCUCUGACGAAGCCAUCAAGUCAAUUCUGGAGCAAGCCAAAAGGGAGCUACAAGUACAGAAAACAGCAGAGCCAGCCCAGCCCUCCUCGACCUCGAGCAGCGGUAACUCAGACGAUGCCAUCCGAUCCAUCCUGCAGCAAGCUCGCCGAGAAAUGGAGGCCCAGCAAGCAGCCCUUGACCCUGCCUUAAAGCCAACGCCCUUGUCUCAAGCUGACAUCUCCAUCUUAUCCCCCAAAAUAAUAACCACCUCACCAAUGUCCUCAGUGUCCAGUUACUCUCCUUUGGCCAUUUCCCUGAAGAAACACUCUUCAGUAGCAGAUUCUAGUAUCUCUGCUUUGCAGAACCUCUCAGGUCUCAAGAAGGAGUCCCAGGAGGCCCCUGUGUUAGAGCUUCAUGGGGUAACAGAUGCUGCACAGGGUGUGCUCAGGCACGUUAAAAAUGAGCUGGGCCGGGGUGGUGUCUGGAAGGACCAUUGGUGGAACACUGUCCAGCAUGAAAGGAGAAACCCCGCUCCUCCUGAGGAGAUAAAGGUCGAGGAAACCAACAGUGGGAAGGAAAAACCCAGCAGCAGUAACCAGCCCCGGCCGGACCGCAGCCAGCUCCAAGGACCCUCUUCUUCCGAGUACUGGAAAGAGUGGCCAAGCGCAGAGUCGCCCUACUCCCAGAGCUCAGAGCUGAGCUUGACGGGAGCCAGCCGCAGCGAGACACCCCAAAACAGCCCUCUUCCUUCUUCCCCUAUCGUGCCCAUGUCAAAGCCAUCCAAACCCUCCGUCCCGCCAUUGACACCGGAGCAGUACGAGAUUUACAUGUACCAGGAAGUGGACACGAUAGAGCUGACGCGCCAGGUUAAAGAGAAGCUGGCCAAGAAUGGCAUCUGUCAAAGAAUCUUCGGGGAAAAGGUUUUGGGCCUCUCACAGGGCAGUGUCAGUGACAUGCUGUCAAGGCCGAAGCCGUGGAGUAAACUGACCCAGAAGGGCCGGGAACCAUUUAUUCGGAUGCAGCUGUGGCUCAACGGUGAGCUGGGCCAGUGCGUCCUGCCUGUGCAAGGGCAACCAUCGGGACAAGUCCUCCACUCUGUGACGUCAUUGCAGGACCCCCUCCAGCAGGGCUGUGUGAGCUCAGACAGCACUCCAAAGACCUCGGCCAGUUGUAGCCCUGCCCCAGAAUCCCCGAUGAGCUCCAGCGAAUCGGUAAAGAGUUUAACCGAGUUGGUACAGCAGCCGUGUCCUGCCAUCGAAACAAGCAAAGAUGGAAAAGUUCCAGAGCCCGGGGACCCUCCUGCCUCUGACUCCCAGCCAACGACGCCUCUGCCGCUCUCAGGACACUCGGCCCUCAGCAUCCAAGAGCUGGUCGCCAUGUCGCCCGAGCUAGACACGUAUGGCAUCACCAAGAGGGUCAAAGAAGUGCUCACGGACAAUAACCUUGGUCAGCGUCUGUUUGGGGAGACGAUCUUGGGGCUCACCCAAGGCUCCGUCUCUGACCUUCUCGCUCGCCCCAAGCCCUGGCACAAAUUGAGUUUGAAGGGAAGAGAGCCCUUUGUCCGGAUGCAGCUGUGGUUGAAUGAUCCCAACAACGUGGAGAAGUUGAUGGACAUGAAGCGGAUGGAGAAGAAAGCCUACAUGAAGCGGAGGCACAGCUCAGUGAGCGAUAGCCAGCCGUGUGAGCCCUCCUCAGUGGGCAUCGACUACAACCAGGGCGCCAGCCCCCAGCCCCAGCAUCAGCUGAAGAAACCCCGCGUGGUGUUGGCACCAGAAGAGAAGGAAGCUCUCAAACGAGCCUAUCAGCAAAAGCCAUACCCAUCACCAAAAACCAUUGAAGAACUCGCCACCCAGCUCAACCUGAAAACCAGCACCGUGAUCAACUGGUUCCAUAACUACAGGUCUCGCAUCCGCAGAGAACUAUUCAUCGAAGAAAUCCAAGCAGGAAGCCAGAGCCAGGCCGGGGCCAGCGACUCGCCGUCGGCCAGGAGCGGCCGGGCGGCCUGUCACAGCUCGGAGGGCGACAGCUGCGACGGCGCGGACGCGGAGGGGCCGCCCGAAGGGAAGCCGGGCACCAGCGGCCCCGAAGCGCCCGAGGAAGCCGGCGGCGCGGCCACAAAGUCUCAGGGAGGGCAGGCGGAGGCGGCGGCGGAAGCGGGCGGGGAGGCCCAGCAGAAGACCGAGUCUUCGCUCCAUUUGGGAACGGAGACCCUGGCCGAGACCGACGACGAGGGCCGGCCCGGGGGGCCGCGUCGGAGCUCUCCGCCAGGGUCUCAAGGUGCAGGAGAACCCCCGGAGGCCCCGCCAAACUCUGCUCCAGAAGAGGACGCCUCUACCUCAGCCGCCUCCGCCGCGGUCCCCGCCGGGGAGAGCCCCUACAAGCCGAAGGAGAGCGCGGAGAAAAGUCCCAGCUUGCCAAGUACCAGCUCCACCGCGGCCGGCCCGGGCCCGGGCCCGGGCUCCCAAAAGACCAGCUCACUGCAGAGCCUGUUCAGCUUCCCCGAGGCCGGCUCCAGGAACACGCGGGACAACACGCUGAGGAGAAAGAAAGCGGCCAACUUGAACAGCAUCAUCCACCGCCUGGAGAAGGCCGCCAGCCGGGAAGAGCCCGUGGAGUGGGAGUUUUGA